AUGUUGUGUACCCAACAACAGAGCAACGAGGUUGGUGGAAGUUAUCAUAUGGAAAAGGAGGGAUUGAAGCGUUGUCUCGAUAAGCUCGAGUCUAAUGGUUUAGCUGUUGACUACAUCGUUACCGAUCGCCAUCUGCAGAUUCAGAAGUACCUGAGGGACCGCAAUAUCACUCAGUUCUAUGACGUGUGGCACUUUGAGAAAGGUUUAUCUAAGAAACUUGACAAACUUUCAAAAAUGAAGGACUGUGAGGUGCUGAAAAAAUGGUUGCACAGCGUCAAAAACCAUGUUUACUGGAGUGCGAUUUCCUCUGAGUCUGGGCCAGAAAAGGUGGUGAAGUGGAAUUCACUGCAGAACCACAUCCAAAAUGUACAUGUUCAUGAGAACCACCUCUUCCCCAAGUGUGAACACCCAGACAAAGUUUCCAGGGAUCCAAAAAAAUGGAUCCAACCAGGAUCAAUAGCGCUCCAUAAAGUGGAAAAGCUAUUAUACAACAAGAGAGUUCUCAAGGAUAUAGAAAAGCUCAGCCACAACUUUCAGACGUCAUCACUGGAGGCUUUCCACAGUCUGAUUUUGCGUUUUGCCCCAAAGAACGUGAUUUUCCCUUUCAUAGGAAUGUUGUGCAGGCUGUAUCUUGCAGCAAUGCACUAUAAUGAAAAUGCUAACCGUGAGCAGGCAACAACAACAGCAAAGCCAGUGAAAAUAGAACCAACAUACAUAUGA